GAAAGAAAAUAAAAAAGAGAAUCAAAAGGUUCAUCACACAGGUGACAGAAGAUUACAAAAAGUGGCAUCUAAUGCCUGUGCUGUAAAACAAUACAGAAGCACAGAACUAAUCUAUAAACAGCAAGACCAAGAACAUAAAAAAGAUAACACUGAACCAUGGCAGAGACAGACUCUCACAUCAUGGCUGCUAUUAUUUAUUACAGCCACAAGAAAUACUUCCGCCAUGUGCAGAACCUAACAAGAGAAGGUCUUCAAAAACACAGUCAUGACCCAGUGCUUCUAUUUUUUAAAACAUACGGCAUGCUAAUGGAAGAUCGUGUACAGGAAGCCAUUAGAGAGCUUGACUCCAUCAAAGAUGUCCCCGAAGUGUCGUUAUGCUGCUCCAUGGCACUUAUUUAUGCCCACAGGAAAAGUGAAUUAGUUGAUCAUGAGGUAGUUACUGAGUUAGAAAAUAAGGUUAAAACUAACCGGAAGACAGCAGGUGCCAAAGCCUUGUACUAUGCAGGUAUGUUCCUGUGGCUACUGGGAAGAAAUGACAAAGCAAAGGAAUAUGUGGACAGAAUGCUAAAGUUAUCUAAUAUGUCGAAAGAGGGACUAGUGCUAAAAGGAUGGUUAGAUUUGACAUCUGGCAAAGAUUUUUCUAUAAAGAAGUCAAUCAAAUAUUUCAAUGAAGGUGUCCAAGAUUCUAAAGAACUAUUUGGGAUUAUUGGAAAGGCAACACUUUUUAUGAUGACUCAGAAUUAUUCAGAAGCACUGGAGGUCAUAAAUCAAGUAAUAGUUAGUUUUCCUGCCUUCAUACCUGCUCUGAUACUCAAGAUGGAGCUGUUUUUAGCACAGCAAGACUGGGAUCAAACGUUAGAAAUUGCCCAAAGAAUACUAACAAAGGAUGUGACCAACUUUGAUGCUCUUCAAAUUCAAGCAAUUCAUAGUCUUACAAGAGAAGGAAAUGUAGAGAAGGCUCUACAUUUCGUGAAAGAUUUUAUCAGCUCUUUGGAAACAAUAGAACCCAGAAAUCCUAAACUGCACCUCCAGAAAGUCCUUGUCCUUUGUAGUGUGUGUGGGCACAACCGAGAAGUUUUAGAUUGUGUUUUUCAGCUGAUGGAGCGUUCAUUUAGGAUGGCUCCUACACAUGUAGAAUUUGCCACUGAAUUUGGCUAUCAGAAUCUUCUUCGUGGAAAUGUUACAGAAGCUGCCAGAUGGUAUUUAGCAGCCAUGAAGCUGGAUGAAAGUUGCAUAGAAGCACUAACUGGUACUAUAUGGUGCCAGACAUUACAGGGUCACCUAGAAGAGGCAAAUCAACAGCUUGAUUUCUUACAUGAAGUUGAGCAAUCAGUAGGGAGGUCAAAGGAGAUGUGCUACGCUGAGGCAAUUCUGGCUUCGAAGAGUGACAAAGGACAAGUUGUUGUAACAAAUCUCUUGAAAGAGGCUGUGGGAAUGCACUUCGCAGUAAUGGAUGGGCUGCCUCUUGGCGUGGAAUACUUUGAAAAGCUGAGUCCCAACUUCCUUAUUAAUAUUGUGAAAGAAUAUCUAGCGUUUUGUCCAAAACAGCCCAAGGCCCCAGGUCAGCAGGUGCCACCAUUGCUGCAUCAGAUUGCGGCUAUUUUAUCUCCCAUCAUCGCUGUAGCUCCGGCUUUAACAGAACCUCUUUUUUACAUGGCUAAAACCAAAUACUUAGCAGGAGACUUAGAGGUAGCCCAGGGAUUUCUGCUGCGUUGUAUCGAACUGGCACCAACCUCUGCUGAUGUUCAUCUUCUUAUGGCUCAGGUCCACCUUUCACAGGGCAACUUUACUGAGUGCUCACGGUCUCUGGAAACAGGCGUCAGCUACAAUUUUAAGGUUCGAGAGCAUCCUAUGUAUUAUUUCAUCAAGGCAAAAAUUCUGAAAAAUGCUGGAGAGGUGCAAGAAGCCAUAAAAAACAUGAAAAUGAUCAUGAGUCUACCUGAAGUGAAGAAAGGCAAAUCAGAUAUUAUGACUGUUAGCGAGCGGGCCUCAAUAUAUCUUGAGCUUGCAGAACUUCUGCGUCUAAAUGGAGAACAGCAUGAGUCUACAAAGGUGAUGCAGGAUGCCCUCCAUGAAUUCAGUGGUACUCAAGAAGAGGUCAGAGUCAUUGUUGCAAAUGCAGAUUUGGCUGUCAGUAAAGGUGAUGUGGAAAUGGCUUUGAACAUGUUGAGAAAUAUCUCUCCAAAGCAACCAUACUACAUUGAAGUCAAGGAAAAAAUGGCUCAUAUAUACCUCACUAAUCGGAGAGACAAAAACUUAUACAUUGGAUGUUUACGGGAGCUGAGUGAACAAUUACCUGGUCCCCAGACGAGCCUCCUUCUUGGAGAUGCCUAUAUGAGCAUUCAAGAGCCAGAAAAAGCUUUAGAGGUGUAUGACCAAGCUCAGCGGAAGAAUCCACAGGAUGCGGUUCUGGCUAGCAGAAUUGGGCAGGCUCUAGUGAAAACCCAUCAAUAUAAAAAGGCGAUUAAUUACUAUGAAGCGUCUCAGAAGAUCAGUGGGCAGGACUUCCUCUGUCAUGACCUUGCUAAUCUUCUUAUUAAGAUGAAACAUUACAACAAGGCGGAAAAAGUCCUACAACAGGCGCUGAAUCACGAAUCUGUUAUUGAUUUGAUGUCAAUGAUAAAUGAUGUAAAGUGCCUGAUAUUACUAGGAAAGACGUAUGAGAAUUAUAAGAAUGAAGAGGUGUUUGAUACAUUAAAUAAGGCUUAUGAGCUCCAAUUACGGAUUCUAAAGCGGGUCCCUCUAGAACAACCGGAGAUAAUGCCCGCACAGAAGCAAGUGGCAUCCGCUAUCUGUGUUCAACUGGCUGAGCAUUUCCUGUAUAAAAAAGACUAUGAGAAAUCCCUGAAAUACUACAAGGAAGCAACAGGUUUUUCAGAAACAGAUAUAAAAGUGAUGCUGGAUUUGUCACGUCUUUACCUAAUUAUAGAUGACCUGGAAUCAUGUGAGCGACAGUGUGACGUCCUUUUACAGAAUGAAAAGUUUAAUGAAGGUGCAGCAAUGAUGAUGGCUGACAUUAUGUUUCGGAAACAAAAUUAUGAGACCUCUAUAGAACUUUUUAAGCGAAUAUUGGAAAAAGCACCAGAUAACUUUAUUGUGCUAAGAAAAUUAAUCGAUCUGCUAAGAAGAAGUGGUAAACUUUCUGAUGCCACUGCAUUCUUUGACAUGGCAUUGGCAAAAUCCUCACGAGUUGCUUUGAAGCCCGGAUAUAAUUACUGCAAAGGCCUUUAUCACUGGUACAUUGGGCAACCUAAUGAGGCACUGAAGCUGUUUAAUAAAGCUCGUAAGGACAGCGAGUGGGGUCAAAGUGUCAUAAACAAUAUGGUUCAGAUCUGUCUUAAUCCUGACAAUGAAUUAGUAGGCGGAGAAGUGUUUGAAAGUCUGGAUGACGAUGAAAAUAUGUCAGGGGAAAGAAGAGAAUCCGAAAAGCUGGGUAUUCGCACAGCAGAGAAAUUACUGAAAGAAUAUCAUCCUAGCACAGUACAAGGACAGAACCAUCUGAUCAUGUUACAGUGCCACUGCCUGAUGGCCACCAAAGAUAAAGUAAACGUGGAAACUGCUCUAGCUACAUUUACAGAAUUUGCUACUAAUGAGAAAGAAAAUGUGCCUGCUAUUCUAGCCGUUGCCCAGGCUUACAUGAUUCUCAAACAAAUUCCACGAGCCAGGAACCAGCUGAAGAGGUUGUCAAAAAUAACCUGGUCCUUGACUGAUGCAGAUGAUCUGGAAAAGAGUUGGUUGCUGUUGGCUGACGUAUACAUCAAGUCUGGAAAGUACGAUAUUUCAACUGAACUGCUGAAACGCUGCCUACUCUAUAAUAAGUCUUGCUGUAAAGCAUAUGAAUAUUUGGGUUAUAUUAUGGAGAAAGAACAAUCGUACAAAGAUGCUGCAGAGAACUACCAACUUGCAUGGAAAUACAGCAGUCAGUCCAACCCUUCUGUUGGCUUCAGACUUGCAUUUAAUUAUUUAAAAGACAAGAAGUAUGUGGAUGCGAUUGAUGUCUGCCAUAAGGUUCUCAAAGAUUGCCCAGCAUAUCCCAUAAUAAGGAAGGAAAUAUUGGAAAAAGCUCAAGCCUGUUUGAAGCCAUAAGCCUUAAAAGUCGUGUGCUGUUUACCAGGAGAUAUCUUGGUUCAUUGUAACAAUAAGAAUUAAAUAUUACUUUGCACUGUUUUUUAUUACAAUAUCUGUGUAGAGAAUUUUCUAAUGUGUUAUUUGUUUUUGUUGACUGGAAGUGCCUGAACGUUUGCCUAUAAAAGCAGUGUUCACAGUUUGUAUUUAUUUUAUAUUUUCUGUUGAGAAACGGUUUAGUAUUAUAUAUGUCAUCCGAUGUGAAUAUUAAAGCAAAUAAUAUUUCCAGAAAUAUUGUCAUUUUUGUUAAAUAAAAGACCAAAGAGUUGACGUUGUUAUUCCAGUGUUUGUUGACAUUAAAUGUUAAAGGAUGCAAUGAA